CAAACAAAGUACAGGAUGAUGGGCGUGAGAGUUCGUCACUUGUAUGGGUCAUUGAGGCGCUCGUUCCCGAGCACCUUGGGAGUAUGUCUCAACCAAUUCCUCUCUCUUAUCUGGGGUCACCAGCUGCAUCAAGAUUUCUGACUGAGGAAUCCCCGAGAGAUGUCGAAGACGUGUUCCCAACUACUCCAUCGUUCGACCAGACUCCAAAUCCUAUAAAUUCACCGUGGAAACGUGCCCUAUUCGACUUGCUCGAAUCUCCAACCUCAUCUUCGUCGGCCUUUCUCGUUCACUUCGCAUCAACUUCUCUCAUUGUAUUUUCUGCCAUCGUUACAAUUUUGGAGACCGUGCCAAGUUUUCACUCUAUCUCCCCUCGAGUAUGGUUUGGUUUAGAAACGAGUCUGGUGCUUCUUUUCACCGUAGAAUACUCCGCACGUUGUGUCGCAUGGAGCUCCUCUUGGAUCUCAUUGGUUAAAUGGAUGUUCUCCUUCUACGGAGUCGUUGACAUGCUGGCUAUACUACCCUAUUACAUUGAGAUAAUGCUGCGGCAAGAUACCUCUGUUCUGUUCCGCUUCUCCAUUCUGCGCAUGUUUCGUCUAUUGCGGGUCUUCAGACCGUUCCGAUACAAUAGCACCAUACUUCUAACCAUCGAGGUCAUGUAUUUGGCUGUUCGUAGAUCACAUCACGCAUUACUUGCACUUAGCUUCUUUAUUGCAAUGUUGUUGACCGUGUUCAGCACGUUAUUAUAUUUCGCAGAGCGUGGUACUUGGGACGACAAUCUGGAAACGUUUAUUAAUUCAGACGGUGAUGUAACUCAGUUCCAAUCUAUACCCGCAGCUGCUUGGUUCGUGCUAGUUACAAUUACUACAGUGGGUUAUGGAGAGAUCACACCUCGCUCUAUUCUCGGACGCUUGAUCACAGUUCCUCUUCUUGCUUUUGGCUUGCUUCUUAUUGCCCUCCCAAGCUUCGUUCUCGGUAGAGAAUUUAGUCUAGUCUGGGAGCAGAUGAUCGAUGACGGGGGUAUUGCACGAGAACAUGACCCUUCUAUGGCUACUUUCGGUCACCAUCGACUAGAAUCUCAGCCUUCAGAGCCGCUAAAGGACCUUUCCAAUCGGAAGCUCGCUCAAAAUCAAACUGAGCUAAGCCAACAGAUAUCAGAACUACGAGAAACGGUGGAGAUGCAGGGCGAAAUGAUUCGGGAGUUGCUUGGAUAUCUCCGCGCAGAAGGAACGACGAAAGAUACGAAAGGAAAGCGUAGGGAAAAUGUUGUCGGGAAUGGUAUAAGCUAACACAUGUAGGAUUUGUUAACUUAGCUGUUAUUUUCGCUCUCAGCUCUAUCGUCGGGUUACCGCCGGGACUAUAUGAUCUAGCGCCAUCGUUAACCACGUUGGUGCUUCACGUGCAUCAUGAUGUUCUUCUUGCAGAUAUUAAUAUAUCUUGCCUUAUGUGUAAGUUAGUAUGUCUAUCGAUGCCAUCACCUCGAGAGCCUUGGGCUACCUAUUCAAAGACUCGAUUGCGCUGAUCAAGCUGAAGCAAAGCCUUGGCUCAAGAUGCUCUAAAACUGG